UGUUCUCCUGUUUAACUAAAGCUAGCCACCGUUAGCUGGAGCCAGCUGUCUGUGGUGUCACUGCAAUCUGUUGGCUGUCAUAUUGCAAACAUAGCUUUUUUUUUUUUUUUACUACUGUUUAUCUGGACAACAACCAUGGCUCAAGAAGCGUUUCCUCUGCAUUUUCUGGUGUGGAACAAUCAGUAUCUGGAGCUGGACAGAGAGCUGCAGAAGAACGAGCAGGAUGUAGAGCGCCUAGAUCCGAGGGGGCGCACCCCGCUGGAGCUGGCUGUGUGUCUGGGCCACCUGGAGUCAACCCGGGUGCUGCUCAGACACUCCUCAAACCCCACGCACUGCAACGCACAGGGCUGGACCAUCUUGCAGGAGGCGGUGAGCACCGGGGACCCUGAGCUGGUUCAGCUGGUGCUUCAGUACAGAGACUUCAAGCGUGCCACUGAGAGACUGGCUGGCAUCCCAGAGCUGCUCAGCAAACUGAGACAGGCGCGUGACUUCUAUGUGGAGAUGAAGUGGGAGUUCACCAGUUGGGUUCCCUUGGUAUCGAAAGUUUGUCCCAGUGAUGUUUACCGGGUGUGGAAGAGUGGCUCAUGCCUCCGCGUGGACACCACCCUCCUGGGCUUUGAACAUAUGACCUGGCUCAAAGGGCGACGCAGCUAUAUUUUCAAGGGCGGAGAUGACGGGGCCGUGGUAAUGGAGGUAGACCAUGAGAAGCAGGUGGUGUACACAGAGCCGCUCGUUUUGUCCCCCCGUGACGCUCCCUCCCUCCUGGCGGCCAUGCAGCCGUCGCAGGAAAACACAGCCCAGAGACUCACAUCGCCCAUCGUCUCCACACACCUCAACACACGCAACAUUGCCUUUGAACGGAACAAGUCAGGAAUCUGGGGCUGGCGUUCGGAAAAGAGUGAAGUAGUUAGCGGGUAUGAGGCCAAGGUGUACAGUGCCACUAAUGUGGAGCUGGUGACUCGGUCAAGGACAGAGCAUCUAUCAGACCAGGACAAAUCAAGGAGCAAAGGCUCAAAGACUCCUCUGCAGUCCUUCCUGGGAAUUGCUGAACAACACACAACUCACAACGGGAGUAACGUGUCCCAGUGUGCCAGUCCUCACAACCCCACAGCCAUCACAGCUGAGGAGUACUUCAACCCAGAGUUUAACCUGAACGGCCGGGACAUCGGACGACCCGUCGAGCUUACAAGCAAAGUCCAGAAGUUUAAAGCGACACUGUGGUUGAGCGAGAGUCACCCUCUGUCUCUGGCCGAGCAGGUGACACCCAUCAUCGACCUCAUGGCCAUCUCCAAUGCUCACUUUGCCAAGCUGCGUGACUUCAUCACCCUGCGCCUGCCGCCAGGCUUCCCUGUCAAGAUAGAGAUUCCCCUGUUUCACGUGUUGAAUGCCAGAGUGACCUUCAGCAACUUGUGUGGCUGCGACGAGCCAGUCAGCUCUGUGACGGUUCACACACCAGAGAGCUCAGAGGAAGCUGGUCAGUCUCUCCCUCCCUUCCACUGUGAGGUGGACCCCUCGGUGUUCGAGCCCCCCGCAGACUACACCACGCUCGGACCUGGUCGCAGCGAGCCGAUGAGGGACGAGGACGACAAUCUGCUCCAGUUCGCCAUCCAGCAGAGUCUGCUGGACGCCGGCACAGAGAGCGACCAGGUGACCAUUUGGGAGGCCCUGACCAACAGCCGCCCGGUGCCCCAGAGUCCACUGUACGAGGAAGACUCUCAGCUGGAGAGAGCGAUCCAGGAGUCCCUGUCCAUCUCACUGGCCAGCAGAGAGGGAGACGACAUGGCCGACCCCAGUCAGCCCUCCUCCAUCUCCCCGUUGGACCCCACCGCCAACUCCCCGCUCUCCUACAGCACAGUGACCGAUCCUCGGUUGUCGGGGAACUUUGGUGUGGCGUCGAGUUUCGACGAGCAGCUGCGUAUUGCCAUGGAGCUGUCGUGCCGGGAGCAGGAGGAGAUUGACAGGCAGCAGAAGGAGGAAGAGGAGGAGCUGGAGAGGAUCCUGCAGCUGUCACUCACCGAGAAGUAAUGUCACAACAGCAACGAAGCUGUGGUCUUCAUUGGGGAAUAAUCCUCUAUUUAAUUUAUUCAGUUUUAUUUUUAUUUUUUAAAAUCCUGAGGUGUUAAGUUAUUACAGAUAUUUUAUGUCUUUCUCACACGAAGGCUGCUACAACAGAGUGUACAGGACCAGAAUGUAAGAAGUAUGAGUGAAAGCAGUGGGACGGGGGGUAAAUAUGAAGAGGUGGAAACAGGUACUCUGAAACACGCUACAGUGAAGGAGGAGACAAAAGGGAGAGUCUUUGUUUUUCUUUUUUUAUUGAAUAUUUUUCACAGUCUUGCUGUCUUUUAUUGAGUGAUGAAUGAUCCUUAAACUUUAAACCUAUAACAUGAUCCAUGAUAAUAAUGAAAAAAUAUGAUGAAAAUACAAUCUUAAUGGAAUAGCUUAUAAAAAUAUGAUUAUAACAUUUGAAACAUUUAUGUUGGCUUACUCCUGUGUGUGGAAAAAUAAAGGAUACUGAUCAUCCUGGA